CCAUGAUUACGUUUGUCGGCGUCGUGCGUCGUGCGCGGUGCCGGUGAGUGGUUAAAGUUAUUGAAGAGAUUAAAAUGUCGUUCGCCAGGAUGAAUCCUAUACUUUGUAUCUACAUCGCGUUGUUGCUUGCUUAUACAAGUGCGAACGCACAGCAGCAAACGAAGAGCAGCUUCGUGGAACAACUUAACGAGGACAAUUGGGAACUUAUGCUCAAGGGAGAAUGGAUGGUUGAAUUUUAUGCUCCAUGGUGUCCUGCAUGUAAAGCACUUGAACCUAUUUGGGAACAUCUUGCAUUGUCGAAAAAGGAUCUUAAUAUUAAUGUUGGAAAGAUAGAUGUAACAGAUUCUCCCGGCCUUAGUGGCAGAUUUAUGGUUACAGCUUUACCUACAAUAUUUCAUGUAAAUGAUGGGGUGUUCAGGCAAUAUAAAAGUCCAAGGGAUAAAGCCUCGUUAAUUGAAUUUGUAUCCAAAAAGACAUGGACAAAAGUAGACCCAAUUCCUAGUUGGAAAAGUCCAACUUCAUACCACAUGUCAAUUUUAAGUCAAUUCUUUAAAUUGUCUCAAGUAUUACGAGUUAUUCACAACAAACUUUUAGAGGAUUUUGGAUUACCUACUUGGGGUAGUUAUUUGAUUUUUGCUCUUAUGACGAUUAUUUUGGGUGCAAUAUUGGGAUUGUUAUAUUGUUUUACACAGGUUAUCGUAUGCUUGAUCGAUGUUAUUUAUCCACCAAAACCGAUACAACAGCAAGGCAAAAAAAAAGAUGGUACAUCUGAUUCUACACAAGAGAGAAAUUCAGACGAGGAUGAAAUUGCGGAAAACGUUGGCGACGACUUAGUGGAUGAAGAGGAGUCUGAAGUAGAGGAACCUGAAGCAAAGGAAUCUGAAGCAAAGGAAUCUGAAGCAAAGGAAUCUGAAGCAAAGGAAUCUGAGGCAAAGGAACUUGAAGCGAGUGAAAAAGAUAAAGAUACAAAAGCUGAUCCUAGUAGUCCCAAUGUUCGCAAGCGCAAGCCACGUAAGGCUGAUUAAAGAUAUUAGUUUGUUUAAUGUACAUAUUCAACAAACACGGAUGAAAUGCGACCUAACCCUUGGUGGUAUAUUUCCAAAAUCAUUCCAAAUCAUUGUGAAUUGAAGUGACACAUAUAAUAAGAUAUAAUAUUUCAUUAUUUCACAUUUUCAAACCAUAGAUUUUACAUGAGAAACAUAGAUAAAUAACUUAAAGAAACGACCAUACCUGUUGUCUCUUGUAUGAGUUGAGUUUAAAAUUCGAGCAAAGAAAAAUUUCAAACUAUUAUUGUAAACGUUUUUUUGUUUUUGUUAGAUAAAUACAUUUUGAGAUUAUAAAGGUAAAUACCUCAGGUAUUAUUCAGUAUAAUUUUAGGACUUUACAAACAAUUUGUAAAGUUCAAAGAGUUGAUGUCAAAUAGUCUCCGAACUUAAUCCUCUCAUUAAAUCGAUCAGAAAAGAUGGUUAUAUAUACAUGUUGCAAAAAUUUUGAACAAUAGAUAAUAGAGCAUUUCAGUAGAAAAUUAUAUUAAUAGCUUGAUGCGUUCUUGAGAGUUUUUGAAAUAAUUCUUUAGCUGUAAAACAUCUGUUU